GCUGUCGAGCCCGUGAUUCUAAGGUUUAACGGAACCCUCGACUUUCCUUCUAUCUAUCGUGGCCUUCCUUCCCCCGAGCUUGAUGCCGCUUGGUCCAGGAUAGCUGGCGAUGUGCUACCGACUCGAAUGUCGCUUGAGGAAAUUCUCAAAGCCGGCGACGUAGAUUCACCUUCCAAGGUCAAGUAUCCAGCUAAACUUGAUGGGGAUUUCAUGGUAUCCAUGGAAGCCCCUCACCAACUCCAUUGUCUGAAUUUACUUCGCAAAGCCUCGUGGCCCGAGUAUUACAGACCCACAGAUAUUUCGUUCCAGGACGAGCCCUACGUAGUCCGCAUGCAUCUUGAUCAUUGCAUUGAAAUGAUCAGACAGAAUAUCAUGUGCAAUGCCGACGUCACGAUGAUAACAUGGGACUGGGUUCAAGGACACGAUAUCCCAUACCCUAACUUCAACACUCGCCACCAAUGCAGGGACUACGAGAAAAUAUUGGAUUGGGCUGACAAGCACGCUGUUCAUAUCAAUGCAUCCGAGGUUACUCGCCUCGACGAUACGAUUGAGCUUCCCUUACCCUUCUAUCCGAUGAGCCAUAAUGUGUAA